AUGUCCAGCGCCGCGAAGCCACCUAGCCUCCCAUCCGAUGACGAGAAAAAGCUUGGUGUCGAGCCUGUUGAGUCAGGCGUCGCUGCCGAUGACGGCCUGCCUCCGGACCCGGAUGCCGGCUUGAGCGACGAGGAACGCGCUGCCAUUGACCGUAAAUUACUGUGGAAGCUGGACCUACAACUAAUUCCUUGGCUGUGCUUCCUCUACCUGAUUUCUUUUCUCGACCGUACCAACAUCGGAAACGCAAAGAUCGAUGGUUUGCAGGACGAUCUGGGCAUGACCAGCGGCCAGUACAACGCUGCGCUGUCCAUCUUCUUCGUGUCGUACUCGCUCGCCGAGCCUCUGACCAAUGUUUUGCUUAAGCGCAUGCGCCCUAGCAUCUUCAUCCCCGUCAUCAUGUUCCUGUGGGGCAUCUGCAUGACGACUAUGGGACUGGUCCACAAUUUUGCAGGCCUUGCUACCGCCCGCUUCUUCCUGGGCCUUGCCGAGGCCGGCCUCUUUCCAGGCGUCAACUACUACUUGAGCUGUUGGUAUAAGAGAUCAGAGUUUGGCAUCCGCGCUGCCAUCUUCUUCUCGGCUGCUGCGCUCGCUGGCUCCUUUGGUGGACUGCUAGCCGCCGCGAUAGCGCAGAUGGGAGGUGUGGGUGGAAAGCCCGGUUGGGCGUGGAUUUUCAUUCUCGAGGGUCUCGCUACCAUCGUCGUGGGUAUCGUCUCGUACUGGAUGGUGCACGAUUUCCCAGACGAGGCCAAGUUCCUAUCACCGGAAGACCGAGCCCGUGUAAUCCGGCGGCUCAAGGCCGACAAGCAGAGCAGCGCGGAGCACGAGGAGUUUAAGAUGGAUUAUUUCUGGGCCUCAGUCAAGGACUGGAAGACGUACGCGUUUGCAGUCAUCUAUAUGGGAUGCGACGGCGCGCUGUACGCCUUUUCGCUCUUCCUGCCAACCAUCAUCAACGAACUGGGCUACGCCAGUACAACCGCUAAUCUCCUCUCUGUACCGCCCUACGCUGCAGCGGCCAUUCUCACAGUCGCCGUCGGAUGGCUAGCGGAUCGCACGCGUUUGCGCGGCUACAGCAAUAUCGGCAUCUCCUUCCUCGGGAUCGCAGGGUUCAGCAUGCUACUAGGCUCAACGUCACCGGCGGUCAAGUAUGCAGGCACUUUCUUGGGCGCGGCGGGCAUCUACCCGUGCAUCUCCAACACCAUCUCGUGGGCGUCAAACAACGUCGAGGGCGUCUACAAGCGCGGCGUCACCCUAGGUUUCGUCAUUGGCUGGGGAAACCUCAACGGCGUCGUCAGCAGCAACAUAUACCGCCAACAGGAUCGUCCUCGCUACCUCGUUGGCCAUGGAGUCGUGCUCGCCUACCUUGUCGCCUUCUUGCUCUUGGGCAGCGUGGCCACUCACCUCGCCCUGCGCCGCGAGAAUGCCCGCAGGCGCCGCGGCGACCGCGACGUCUGGGUCGAGGGCAAGAGCGAGAAGGAGAUUGAGCUGUUGGGGGACAUGAGGCCGGACUUUAUGUACAUUUUGUAA